AGGGCUCUUAUGCUAGAAUUUCGAGAUUGGCUAUGGCGUCGUGAGAGGCGCGCGGAAGAGAUAAACGAAAUCGCUCAAUGGCGUCGGCGAUUCUCUCGCUCAGCUCGGGCGCCGCCACGGCGCUGGAAUCCUCCAAGGUACGCCUGCCCUGCGCCAUCGCCAGGCGUCCCACAUUCUCCCUCAAGUCGCAGCCGCGCAUCGGCAUUGCAAAUCCUCUCAUCGCCAGCGGGAGGAGGAGCAAGCAAUCCGCGCUGCUCGUGACCGCCGCAUACAAGGGACGGCUCCGCGCGGAUCCAUCCAUGACCGAUCCCAACGACGACGUGGGGAUGAGCACGGAGGAGAUCAAAGAGGCCUACGAAUCGCUCUACGGGCCGUCCUGGGAACGAAAGAAGGCGUCCGAGAGCACGGCGGAGGAGGAGGAGGAGCGUGGCGGCGGGAGAAGGCGGCGGGGAGAGGAAGGAGGCCCCGGAGGGAUGGGGGGGCGGCGAGGGGGAUCCAAGGAUGGAUUGGAGGAGUCCGUGGUCCAGGUCCGGCGAGUGACCAAGGUGGUGAAAGGGGGCAAGCAGCUCCAGUUCAGGGUGGUAUCGGUGGUGGGUGACAAGAAGGGAAAGGUUGGAGUUGGAGUUGGAAAGGCCAAGGAGGUGAUCGCGGCUGUCCAGAAAUCCGUCAAGGAUGCCAGGAGGAACAUCGUCACCGUGAGGAUGACCAAGUACAAGACUUUCCCUCACAGGGUGGACGGGCACUACCACGCAGCGGACGUGAUGCUCCGCCCAGCGUCGCCGGGGACGGGCAUCAUCGCGGGCGGCGCGGUGCGCGUCGUCCUGGAGAUGGCCGGCAUCGAGAACGCGCUAGGCAAGCAGAUGGGGAGCGACAACACGCUCAACAACGCCAGGGCCACACUGCACGCCGUGUCGCAGCUCCGCCACUUCCAUGAGGUGGCGGAGCUCCGUGGGAUCCCCAUCGAGGUGCUCUGGAAGUGAGAGAAGCUCCACAAGAUGUACAAGAGAGAAACAAGGAAUCAAACAACAUACAUUUUUGUAA